CUCCUUCACAUGCUCAUGUGCUCAUACAUAUUUAUUGGUACUAUAUUCGGUAGAGUACCACUGAGAGGACUUGACAAGGACAUCCGAUGAUUUCCUUACAGGCUUCGUGUAUGCGAAGUAAACAUAAUAUUCUCCUUAGAACUUGGGCCUUUCCCAGACCUGUCAAUGUCUACUCUCGCUCUUCUUCCCUCUCUGCUAUCCAUCGUGGUUUGCGCGAUUCAGAGAAGGCUAGGCCACAAGGAUUCAAUAGAGAUUCUUUAAAUACGGCUAAGUCAAGCAGGACAGAACGGCAUGGAAGGGACAGUCGUCAAGAGAAACCAUCCUUCAACGUUAAGAAAGGCAAAAAGGAUAUUACAUACAAGGGUCCAGAACCAAAGUCGAGAGCAGCACGUUUCUAUGAUCCAAACGAGCCAUUCGGGAAGAAAAGUCUAGUAUAUCAACUAAACAGCAAGGGAAAAUCUACCCGUGAUGAAAAGGAUGGUGGAUUAUCAAAGGCUCAGUUUAUGAAGGAUUUCAAUUCGGGUCCAGCUCCAGCAACUACGGGAGCGAACAGAACAAGAGCUCAGAGUCAUACACCGUACAAGUCGGAAAGCUCGCAUUCAUCAUCUCGAUUCGGUUCGGAACGGGCACCUAGGAAAGAACUAAAUGAGAGAGGAGCUUACGGUUCUAGCCGGGCGGAAUCAUUUAGGGACAAAACACAGUUCCCACCUCGUUCCAAGAAGUCUCAAAAACCAUCGAUGCCAUGGCAGCAAAGGGGUUCACGUCAAAAGUGGAAACCUACUGAAUCAACUCGAGACCGUGGAGAUACUCCGGGAUUUCAACGGCGGGACCGCGAUUCUCAGCCUCCAUUUCAACGGCGGGACCACGAUUCUCAACCUCCAUUUCAACGGCGGGACCGCGAUUCUCAACCUCCAUUUCAACGGCGGGAUCGCGAUUCUCAACCUCCAUUUCAACGGCGGGAUCGCGAUUCUCAGCCUCCAUUUCAACAGCGGGACCGCGAUUCUCAACCUCCAUUUCAGCGGCGGGAUCGCGAUUCUCAACCUCCAUUUCAACAGCGGGACCGCGAUUCUCAACCUCCAACAGAACGACAAGGAGUCAAGGAGGAUGAGCAAACAUCGUUCCGGCCCAACGUAUCAAAUGAUCAUGGACCCGUUCGCAUUCCACGUACCACUGCGGCAUCUCAAUUCUUGUAUGGCUACUCGGUAGUUGAGGCUGCUCUUAAGGAAACACGACGGCAAAUUUACAAUCUCUAUGUAUACUAUGGAGACAACUCACAGCUUGAUUCUCGAAUUGUUGGCUUAGAGAGAAAGGCAAGCCAAGCUGGCAUCCCUAUCAAAAAAGUAAAAGACACUGCUGGCUUACGCAUGAUGGAUAAAAUGAGCGAGGGUCGGCCUCACAAUGGGUUUAUCCUCGAAGCUUCCCCAUUGCCACAGUUGCCAAUCAGGAGCCUUGGUCCGCUGACCGAAGAGCCGGCCACCGGCUUUACUCUCGAGUUGGCUCACCAGACCGCUGAAGAAGCGCAAGUAAAUGGCACCUCCAACUUUGUCAAAUGCGUCCUUCCACCCAACCGUAAACCGUUUGUUCUCCUAUUAGAAGGCAUCCUAGAUCCGGGGAACUUGGGCGCUAUAUUACGAUCGGCAGCAUUUCUAGGAGUCAACGCUGUUGGGAUUACAAAAGGGCACACAGCUACUCUGACAUCUGUAGCUGUGAAAGCAUCCGCUGGCGCUUCUGAAAUCACACAGCUAUUUUCAAUAAGCUCUAUACUCGAUUUCCUUACCAAGUCUAAGGAGGCCGGCUGGGUUAUUUACGCCGCCGUAGCACCGACCGGUCGACUUAGGGAAAGUAAGAACAUCACGUUGGAUAGGCUAGACAUCUACGACCCGUUGUCAUCUGAACCUACGAUCCUGGUCGUCGGAAGCGAAGGCGAGGGGCUUGAUAAAAAGACGAGAAGGGUAGCAGACUUCGAGAUUUCAAUACCGAACCAUUCUGGGUCUACCAUGGUGGAUAGUCUGAACGUCAGCGUCGCAACGGCCAUCCUAUGCUCUGGUUUCUUGAAGAAUCAACAUACCGGAGGAGAAUUUGAUAAGAUUCUCGAGGUCAAGGACGAUGAAUCCGACAAACUGUGGUGAGGCCUGAGUCUAUAAUUCUAACAUUAUUCGGGAUAUGUUGCCUAAUGUUUAUGAGACAUUUGUACGGCUAUUAUGUACUACAAGGAUGGGAUAUCUGGACGAGGCAAUACCGGCUUCAUGGACUGGAUUCUUGGGCAUAUGCAUGAGGAAUGAGGCAACGGGGUAACUUCCACCCUGUAAUUAGAACAUACCUCAUACAUUAGGUUAGGCAUAGCUAGAGAGACUUCUCUAUCGUGAGUUCAAUUACAUACGGGAGCGGCCGUAGAUGCAACUACUCCGCUCGAAAUAAAAGAUACCAAUGAUCAACCAUAAGCGAUUAAAUAA